CUGCAGCGGUUUUGCUUUGCACCCUUUCUCUUAAACAUUUCCGGAUCCUCUUUUCGCCUUUUUGCCAGCUUCCUUCGUCAAACGCCUCAUCUUUCUGCCGAGCUGGGAUUAUGAAUUAAUGGAGUGCCCAGCAAUGUGUCUCUCUUCAGAUAAUUUAAAGGGUGAAACUACAGACUUGGCGUGAAACCAUAGAGUUGAGCAGAGUCCGCCAUGUUGGAUUUCCUGGCUGAAAACAAUCUCUGUGGGCAGGCAAUUCUGAGGAUUGUGUCUUGCGGUAAUGCGAUUAUCGCUGAACUUCUGAGACUUUCGGAGUUCGUCCCUGGUGUUUUCCGACUGAAAGACAAGGCUGAUCAACAGAAAUAUAGUGAGAUCAUAUUUGAUUUCAGCUACUUCAAGGGGCCUGAGAUAUGUGAGGGAAAGUUGGAAGCCAAGCCUGAACUCCUCGAUCUGGAUGAUGAAUUUCGUGAAAACAACAUUGAAAUCUUGACCAGAUUUUAUUUGGCUUUCCAGAGUGUCCAUAAAUAUAUCGUCGAUUUAAACAGGUACCUGGAUGACCUCAAUGAAGGAAUUUAUAUACAGCAGACCUUAGAAACAGUACUGCUUAAUGAAGAUGGAAAGCAGCUCUUGUGUGAAGCCCUUUAUUUGUACGGCGUCAUGCUGCUGGUCAUCGAUCAAAAAAUCGAAGGGGAAGUCCGGGAGAGGAUGCUGGUUUCCUACUAUCGAUACAGCGCUGCUCGUUCCGCUGACUCCAACAUGGACGACAUAUGUAAGCUGCUUCGGAGCACCGGCUAUUCGAGCCAACCGGGAGCCAAGAGGCCACCAAACUAUCCUGAGAGUUACUUCAGCAGGGUGCCCAUCAGCGAAACCUUCAUCAGCAUGGUCAUUGGUCGCCUGAGGUCAGAUGACAUAUAUAACCAGGUUUCGGCCUAUCCGUUACCAGAGCACCGCAGCACUGCACUUGCGACUCAGGCGGCCAUGUUGUACGUCCUGCUGUAUUUUGACCCAACCAUUCUUCAUACGCAGCAAUCAAAAAUGAGGGAGAUAGUGGACAAAUAUUUUCCAGACAAUUGGGCAAGCAGGUAUGCCGCUGUCACUGAGCGUGUGCACUCCCAAGUGCGACAACUUCUGAAGGAAGGCUGCCUGCGAGAGGAGAUGGUGCUGGACAACAUUCCCAAGCUGCUGAACUGCUUGCGGGAUUGCAACGUGGCAAUCCGGUGGGUGAUGCUUCACACAGCAGACACAGCCUGCGAUCCGAAUAACAAACGCCUUCGCCAAAUAAAGGACCAAGUUUUAACGGAUUCGAAGUACAACCCCAAGAUCCUUUUCCAGCUUCUCCUGGAUACAGGACAAUUUGAAUUCAUCCUGAAAGAGAUGUUUAAGCAGAUGCUGUCUGAAAAGCAAGAAAAAUGGGAGAGCUUCAAAAAGGAAGGGUCGGAGCGGAUGGCUGAGCUGGCCGACGUCUUUUCAGGAGUCAAGCCCUUAACCAGAGUGGAGAAGAAUGAAAACCUGCAGGCCUGGUUUCGGGAGAUCUCUAAACAAAUAAUGUCUCUAAAUUACGACGACUCGACUGCAGCAGGCAGAAAAACUGUGCAAUUGAUACAAGCUUUGGAAGAGGUUCAAGAAUUUCACCAGCUGGAAUCCAACCUGCAAGUUUGCCAGUUUCUUGCGGACACUCGUAAGUUUCUCCAUCAGAUGAUCCGGACCAUCAACAUUAAAGAAGAGGUUUUGAUCACCAUGCAGAUAGUGGGUGAUCUUUCCUAUGCCUGGCAACUGAUUGACAGUUUUACAUCUAUCAUGCAGGAAAGUAUAAGGGCCAACCCAUCUAUGGUAACCAAACUCAGAGCCACCUUUUUAAAGCUGGCGUCGGCCCUUGAUAUGCCGCUGCUUCGGAUCAACCAAGCAAACAGUCCUGACCUGCUCAGUGUCUCACAGUAUUAUUCCGGGGAGUUGGUGUCCUAUGUGAGAAAGGUGUUGCAGAUUAUCCCGGAGAGCAUGUUUACAUCCCUCCUUAAGAUUAUUAAACUGCAGACGCAUGAUAUCAUUGAAGUGCCGACCCGCUUGGAUAAAGACAAAGUGCGCGAUUAUGCUCAGCUUGGCCCACGAUACGAGGUUGCCAAGCUUACACACGCUAUCUCGAUUUUCACAGAAGGCAUCCUAAUGAUGAAGACAACAUUGGUCGGCAUCAUCAAGGUGGACCCAAAGCAGCUGCUAGAAGACGGGAUAAGGAAGGAGCUGGUAAAACGUGUUGCCUUAGCUCUGCACCGCGGACUCACCUUCAACCCUAAAGCCAAGCCCAGCGAACUCAUGCCCAAGCUGAAAGACAUGGCAGCCACUAUGGAUGGGUUCCACCGCUCCUUCGAGUAUAUCCAGGAUUACGUCAACAUUUACGGCUUAAAGAUUUGGCAAGAAGAAGUGUCCCGGAUUAUCAAUUACAAUGUGGAACAGGAAUGCAAUAACUUCCUACGGACAAAGAUUCAAGAUUGGCAAAGCAUGUACCAGUCCACUCAUAUUCCAAUACCCAAAUUUGCGCCCAUAGACGAAUCUGUUACAUUUAUCGGUCGACUCUGCCGAGAGAUUCUGAGGAUCACAGACCCUAAAGUUGCUUGCUACAUCGACCAGUUGAACACCUGGUAUGAUAUGAAAAAUCAUCAGGAAGUGACCAGCAGUCGGCUGUUUUCAGAGAUCCAAGACACUUUGGGCACCUUUGGCCUGAACGGUUUAGACAGGCUUCUCUGCUUCAUGAUCGUAAAGGAGCUUCAGAAUUUCCUCAGCAUGUUCCAGAAAAUGGUGCUGCGUGAUAAACCAGUCCUCGAUGCCUUGAAAGUGCUCAUGAAUUCCGUCAAUCCUCUUAAAGGAAUUGUGGCCAAUAGUGCCAAAGUGUAUUCUACAGCCAUUGCCAAAACUCAGAAGAUAUGGGCUGCUUAUGUUGAUGCUAUUAUGAAGGUUGGGCAGAUGCAAAUACUAAGACGCCAGAUAGCCAAUGAACUUAAUUAUUCCUGCAGAUUUGAUUCUAAGCACUUAGCAGCGGCGCUGGAAAACCUCAACAAAGCAAUCCUUGCGGACAUAGAAGCCCACUAUCAAGAUCCGUCACUGCCUUACCCUAGAGAAGAUAACACCCUUUUGUAUGAGAUCACAGCUUACCUGGAGGCUGCCGGCAUUCAUACUCCAUUAAAUAAGAUCUACAUAACUACAAAACGACUGCCAUAUUUCCCCAUUGUGAAUUUUCUGUUUCUGAUUUCCCAGCUGCCGAAGCUCCAGUACAACAAAAACUUUGGGAUGGCCUGCAGGAAGCCAGCUGACCCGAUAGACUGGCCACCUCUGGUGCUCGGGCUGCUUACUCUGCUGAAGCAGUUUCAUUCACGAUAUACUGAACAGUUUCUGGCUCUGAUUGGCCAGUUUGUUCGGUCGACGAUGGAACAGUGCACGAGCCAGAAGAUCCCAGAAAUGCCAGCAGAUGUUGUGGGGGCCCUGCUUUUCUUAGAAGACUACGUUCGGUAUACAAAACUUCCACGAAGGGUGGUUGAAGCUCAUGUGCCUAGUUUCAUUUUUGACGAGUUCCGCACAGUUCUCUGACACACACACACACCCCAUGGAAGGAGCAGCCCCAGGUGGAGCUACGAAGGAACCUCUGAUAUGUCGAGGAGGAUGAAGGAGAAGGAAUAUAACAUUUCAGAGCUGGCUUUUAUUUGUGUCUUGCAUAAUUCUCGUACGGCAGCAUGAGUUGAACAUAAAUCCGCAGUACUAACCCUGUUUUAAAACCUUGGCAUUUAUGCUCCGAUCGAUCGCUUGAUCUUAGCUCUUGAGUAUUUUGUACUUAACUUGUAAUGUUGUACACAGUCCCUUAUGUACAAAAAUUGUUCUGUUUAUGUUCAUAGGAGGCCAUUUUGUGGACAUAGUUACUUUUUUGCACAGCAAUUAAAAUAAUGGUA